UGAGUUAGAAUAUGUUUUUCUAAUAAAGUCUACAUAAUUGUGUCGAUUAUUGUCUGUACAGAAGACUAUUGUGUUACUUGAAGACAUAACAUUUAAUUUAAGUUAAUUAGGAUUGGUAUACUUCAUAUAUCCACAAGGUGGCAGUAAUGCAACAACAGAGGUCAUAAAAAACCAAAGAAUAACAGGCUUGGGCCUGCUCAUGCGCAAGACUUGAAAUUUACCAAAAAAACGUUGUUUUGGCGGCAAGCUGCAGUUGGAUUUUCAUUUUUGAGAGAUCCUGGCAUUUACUUGCUCCCUCUUAUACUGAUGUGGUGUAUGUAGUAUUCCUGAGCUUGCAUGUGAUCUGAAUGUGGCAGUGUAAAGGUUGCAGUGCAAAGACCUCAACUAGGGGCCAGUUACUUAAACAUUAUAGAUUAAAACAUCCAGAUUAUGGGCACUGGCGCCCAUAUCCUUGCCCAUAUAUUAGUUGUCCAUGCACAUUUAAGUCAUGGAAUGCACUCAGGUCCCAUUUUUGUAGGGUUCAUAACAGAGAGAAAUCACAGCAAACAUUGUCACUGGCCACAUUCAGCUGCCAUGUUUGUGGAUUCUCUGAAGUUACCUCUGAAAAGGAGUAUUUUACUCACAUAAAUUUGCAUCUGAAAGCAAAUGAAACGGUCCCAUGCGUGUUCAAGGGUUGUACAUUUAUGACAAACAUCUAUGGAACAUUCAAAUCACAUAAAAAUAGAAAACAUCUUGGUUAUUCUUACAGUGACUUUAAAGGUGGAAUAGUAACAGUAAGAGACAGUUUUAACAGGCCAGCUCCUGAAGGGGAACAUGAAGACAGUGAAGUAUUUGAUGAAGGCCAGGUGGAAGCGCAAGAUUUGUCUCAGGCAGGGAUCUCUAAAAGUGAUGAGAGGAUGAUAGAAGAGAAAUUUGCAGCGAUGUUGCUUAAGCUGGAAAAUGUACUCCAUGUUCCAAGCAGUGCAGUGGAUGAGUUUUUGCAGGACUUGCACUUCCUGAUGAGUUCUGCAUCCCUGACUGCAAUAAAUGCCAUAGUUACAGAUUUUUGUACAAAGCAAAGUCAUAGUAAUCUUAAUAUGAAAGAAAUUGAGGAUUUGGCCUCUGCAGUCUGCAUCUAUAACCCGCUGACAAAAACACUUGGACAUAUGGGUACACUUGGAACUGCUUUUAAGCGGAAACAGUACUUCAGCAAAAAGUUCCAUGUCGUUGAACCAAUUGAAUAUAUUUUGGAUAAGGAGAGCAACCAUACCUACCAAUAUAUACCAUUACUGCAGACCCUACAACAGCUCCUAACAAAGAAUGGUAUAGUAGAUGACAUAGUAGAAAACUACAAUGCUCAAUCCAAGGAAACUGAAACUAUGCAACAAGAAUACAGAUCAUUUCAAGAUGGAGAAUUUUUCAAACAAAAUCAGUUCCUGUCUGCUGAUGAAUUGAGAAUUACCGUGAUGCUUUACAUUGAUGAGUUUGAAGUAUGCAACCCUCUCGGUACUUCAAAAAAGAAGCACAAACUUUGUGCAGUGUACUGGAUAUUAAGCAACUUAUCCCAAGACCAACACUCCUCUUUGUCAUCCAUCUACUUGGCAAUACUGUGUAAAAGCAGCUACGUCAAGGAAUAUGGGUAUGAAAAAGUGCUUGAACCUCUUUUGUGUGAUUUGGCUGUCUUGGAGGAGCAUGGGGUAUUUGUCCCACAGAUUGGAAAAAAUAUUAAAGGCACAGUACAGUGUGUAGCUGCAGACAAUCUAGGUGCUCAUGGGAUUGCAGGUUUUGUGGAGAGCUUUUCAGGAGAGUAUGUUUGUCGAUUUUGCACAGGACGUUUCAGCGACUUUCAGACCAAACCGGUACUUUCUGGAGAGUUUACUCUUCGAUCCAAAGACCUGCACAAAGAACAUGUCAAACAUGCAGUAGAGAGUGGAAAGCAUUGUGUUGGAGUAAAAAGGCCAUGUGUGCUGACGGAAAAUCUUUCUCAUUUUCAUGUGACAACUGGAUAUCCACCUGACAUACUCCACGAUCUUUUGGAAGGUGUUGUUCCAGUGGAACUUGCACAGUGUCUGGGUAUGUUCAUAUCCAAAAAAUACAUCACUUUGGACUCUUUAAAUAAAGUGAUUGUCAGUUUUCCCUAUAAGGGAAAAGAUAAAACAAACCGUCCACAUAUUGUUCCACGAACAUUUUUAAGAAAAAAUACAAUAGGUGGCAAUGCAGCUGAAAAUUGGACUCUGUUAAGACUGCUGCCCUUCUUGAUUGGAGAUGUUAUACCUGACGGUGAUCCAGUGUGGGCAAUCAUUUUGGAUUUAAAGGAGAUAGUGGAACUUGCUGUUGCCCAGAUCCAUACAGAAGAAUCAAUUGGAUAUCUUCAGUUCAAAAUUUCUGAUCACAGAGAGAAAUAUCAAGAAGCAUUUCCCAACAAAAAACUUCUGCCAAAGCAUCACUACUUGGAACAUUACCCUCAGAUGAUCCGAUGUUUUGGUCCUCUUGUUGGAUUAUGGACAAUGCGAUUUGAGGGAAAACACAGUUUUUUCAAGGAAGUGGCUCAUCAUACCAAGUGUUUCAAGAAUGUUGCUCUAACACUAUCAAGGAAACAUCAACUGCUGAUUGCCUAUCACUUACACUCAUUACAUCCACAGAAAGCUGGAGUUGAAGUGUCAAGUGCAUCAAGAGUUCCUCUUGAGGUUCUGAAAGAUGACAUUUCUCUGCCUAUCAAACAGAUGUAUCCUGACAUGACAGAAGUAAACAUGACUAAAAGUGCAGACUAUAGAGGGAUCAACUACAGAAAUAGAAUGAUAGUUAUCUGUGGUUUUACUGAUGGGCUGCCUGAAUUUGGAGAGAUAAUAAGAAUAUGUGUUGUUCAGGGUACACUGAAUUUCAUUGUCAGCAAGUUUUUGUCUUGGUUUAGGGAGCCUUUGAACUGCAACCAUGUACAAGUGGCAAAAUGUCCCUGA